AUGUUCGCCCACUGUCGAGGCCCGCUCUGGGGCAGAGACGACUUUUCCAGGUGUUUCGAGCAAGACUAUCUCCAAACAUUGUUCCCUCUCAUCGUAUGCGGAGUAUCCGUCGCUUACCUACUGGUCCAACUCUACUUCGCCGCCACCGCGUCCAAGUACUACCACGCCUACAGCGUCCUCGAAGAUCCCGGCAAUGUCUGGUCCUACCGAAGUCGCCACUACGAUGGCGACGAAGCCGACAGCGAGGCCGACGACGAACUGGAGCGGAAUGAAGACCUUGCGCUCCAAGCAGUCAACACGGUAUCCACCAUGGCUGUAGAUAAACCUCGCGGGGAACUUACGGUCGUUAUCCUCGAAGAGCUGGCGGUCCUGGCACAGCUUGGACUUCAUGUCACUGUGCUGUUGACCAAUGUGUGGGGCAAGCACGGCAAACUCGCUGCCAUUGCCAAUGUCGCUAUUUGGGCCUACAUCGCCACUCUAGCGUCCCUGCGACUGCUCCUCUCUAGCACGAGCAGGUUCUCGUUCCCCCAUCUCUGGUACCACACUGCCUUCAUCUACGGCUUCCAAUGGGUCUUUAGCGUCCUCCUGUUCCGAUCAGCCAUUAUCCAUCCGCGAUCGCCUUUGCACCAGAAGCUUAUGAUUGGCGAUUUCGCCCUCGUUUCGCUACUGUUUCUCAUCUCUCUGUGCUCUAGAAAAGGCAACAAGGCAGUAGAAUUGGAGUAUGAGGGCGACAUCGCGCCUGCCCGGGAGCCUGUCGCUAGUGUUUUCUCCCUUGCUACUUUCAGCUGGGUGGACCCAAUCGUUUGGACUGGAUACAAAAAGACAUAUGAGCUUACCGAUGUCUGGAACCUCCCUUCCAAGGACAAGGCCGCAGCGGUCAUCGCGAACUACCGUCAAGUCAAGAAAACCUCUGGCUUGGCCUACCAUCUUCUAAAGCACUUCAAACGAGGCCUACUCAUCCAGGCAGGUUGGGCCGCCAUUUCUGGUUUCCUUACUUUCGCCCCGACACUACUUUUGAAGGUUAUCUUGGAGUACGUUGAGAAGCCCGACUUGACACCCGCCAACGCCGCAUGGUUCUACGUCAUCCUGCUUUUCGUCUCUGGCAGUUUGUCCGCACUUGCAGAUGGUCAAGCGCUAUGGCUCGGUCGAAAGAUUUGCAUUCGUCUACGCGCCGUCAUCAUUGGAGAAAUUUAUGCCAAAGCACUCAAGCGUCGAGCAGCAGCUACUACUGAGAAGACGUUGGGCGAGGAUAAGAAGAAACAGGAGCAAGACGAAGAGCCAAAGGGAUUGAAGCGCAUGUUCACUUUCGGCAAGAACAAGAAGAAGGUGAAUGGAGCCGCCAAAGAAGAAGACGCCACGAAGCCAGUAUCUGACGCUCAGGUCACAACCGGCGCCAUCAUCAACCUCAUGGCUGUUGACGCUUUCAAGGUCAGCGAAAUCUGCGCCUAUCUCCAUUUUCUCUGGGCGAACACUCCCGUCCAAGUCGUUGUGGCUGUCUUCUUACUUUACCGCAUCCUGGGCUACAGCUCGAUUGCCGGUAUCGGUAUGAUGGUCUUCCUGCUUCCUAUCAACAUGUAUGUCGCGCGACAAUUUUCCAAGAUCCAGAAGCUCAUUCUUGCGGCUACCGAUGCUCGUAUCCACACUACAAACGAGGUUCUUACCAAUAUCCGAAUCAUUAAGUUCUUUGCUUGGGAACAGCGUUUCAUCGGACUGGUUAACGAGAAGCGAUACACUGAGCUCAAGCAUCUGCGACGGCGCUAUAUUCUGUGGGCGGUGGCAGCUACGAUAUGGUCGGGCUCACCAGUCUUAAUCACGUUCUUAUCUUUCUUAGUCUACACGAACGUCGAACAUAAAGCACUUAUCCCGUCUGUCGCUUUUACUGCUCUCUCAUUAUUCCAGAUCCUUAGGAUCCCGCUGGACCAACUCGCAGACAUGGUUGCUCAUGUUCAAGAAUCCAAGGUUUCAGUAGAUCGUAUCGAGGAGUAUCUUUCGGAACCUGAGACCGAAAAGUACGCGCAGCUUAUCACUCAGAAGAAAGACGAAGAUGGCCAGGCCAUCAUUGGAUUCGAGAAUGGUACAUUCAGCUGGGGCGGAACCGACAUGGCGGACCAGGCUUCAGCUGAUGCCUUCAAGCUUAUGGAUCUCAACUUAACUUUCCGCGUGGGCAAGCUGAACGUUGUCGUUGGACCCACUGGGUCUGGAAAGACAUCAUUGCUGAUGGGCUUGCUUGGUGAGAUGACGAAACUCAAGGGAAGCGUCUACUUACCAGGUGGACUCAGCCGGGAAGACAUGACUCCCGAUCCUGAUACAGGACUCACUGACAGUAUCGCUUACUGCGCUCAGCAAGCUUGGCUUGUGAAUGGUACAGUCAAGGACAAUAUCGUAUUCGCUAGCCAUUUCGAUCAAAAGCGCUACCAAGAUGUCAUUGAGGCAUGCUCUCUGAAGCGAGAUCUCGAGAUACUCGACAAUGGUGACGAGACGAUAGUAGGAGAGAAAGGUGUAACGCUAUCUGGAGGUCAAAAGCAACGUAUCUCGCUGGCUCGUGCACUGUACAGCAAGGCCCGUCAUGUUCUUCUCGAUGAUGUCUUGAGCGCUGUCGAUGCCCACACCGCCAAAUGGAUCUUUCACUACGCACUUCAUGGACCGCUCAUGGCCAACCGAACUUGUAUCCUGGUCACACAUAACGUCAGUCUCUGUCUGCCACAUGCAGAGUUCGCCGUCGUACUUGAGAACGGCCGGAUAGUCGCACAAGGAACAGCAGACGAAGUCAUCACCUCCGGAAAGCUCACAGAAGAUCUCACAAAAUCACGGCCCGCUUCACGAGGUGCUUCCAAGCCUCCUUCUCAAGAACCUUCCUCGGAUGCAGGCGAAGGAGCGAACGGUGAUGCUAAUCACGCCAACGGAUCCGCCAAUGUCACCAUGAAUGGCAAGCCGGACGCUAAGAAGACAACCGUCAGCAACAGCCAGGAGGAAAAGAAGGCAGAGGGUGGUGUCAAGCUCAGUAUCAUCACAAUGUAUCUGCGGGCUAUGGGUCCGUGGUACUACUGGCUUGGUGCUACUAUCGCUUUCGUAGCUGCACAAAUCUCCUCGGUGUCUACUAAUCUCUGGAUCCGCACGUGGGCAAACGCAUACGCAGAAAAGGGUUAUGCUGUCAUGGGUACACACCACCAGACUCCAGUCACACACGCGCCGACUCUGAGCGGUAUGGGCACAUGUAUGAACAGCGGCACCUGCAGCUGGAACAUUCCUUUCUUUGCAGCCCAACCGGAGCAGCAGUCGUAUGCCUACAACACUAUGCAAACCACUUUCAGCGCUUCGAACCCGGAUGUUAACUCGGCGUACUUCUUGGGUAUCUAUGCCGUUCUUGGACUCAUCUUCAUGUUUAUCACAUUCUUACGAGAAGGCUUCCUGUUCGGUGGUUCUCUAGCUGCAUCCAAACGCAUACACGAACGCCUCAUUCAGAAAGUUACGCACGCCAAAUUCCGCUUCUUCGAUCAGACCCCGCUCGGUCAACUCAUGAACAGAUUCUCCAAGGAUAUCGAAUCUGUCGAUCAAGAGGUGGCGCCUGUCGCUAUUGGUGUUGUACAUUGCUUCGCUUCUAUCAUCACGAUCGUCAUCCUUAUCUCGGUCAUCACACCUGCUUUUCUGAUUGCGGCUUUCUUCAUUUCGAUACUUUACUUCCUCAUCGGUCGUUUCUAUAUCAACUCAUCACGCGACUUGAAGCGAUUAGAGUCCGUACAUCGAAGCCCGCUGUAUCAGCAAUUUGGUGAAACUCUAUCUGGUAUGACGACCAUCAGAGCUUACGGCGAUGAGCGCCGCUUCAUUCGCGAGAACUUGAACAAGAUUAACACCCAACAUCGACCUUUCAUCUAUCUCUGGGCAGCUAACAGAUGGCUUGCGUUCAGAGUGGAUGUUGUUGGUGCUAUGGUUGCCUUCUUCUCCGGAGCCUUCGUUGUGCUCAGCGUUGGGCGCAUCGAUGCAGGUGCUGCUGGUCUCGCACUCACCUACGCUGUCACCUUCACUGAGAAUGUCUUGUGGUUUGUUCGUCUCUACUCCGCCAACGAGCAGAACAUGAACUCGGUCGAGCGUGUCAAGGAGUACCUCGAUGUUGACCAAGAGGCUCCCUCUGUCAUCCCAGAGACCCGCCCACCUUCCAACUGGCCAAGCAAGGGAUCCGUAGAGUUUAUCAACUACAGUACGCGAUACAGGACCGACUUCGACCUUGUCCUGAAGGACUUGACCUUCAAAAUCCUUCCAGGAGAGAAGGUCGGUGUAGUGGGCAGGACAGGUGCUGGUAAAAGUUCAAUGGCUCUUGCAUUGUUCCGAGCAUUGGAGGCUGAAAAGGGCAAGAUCUUGAUUGAUGACAUCGAUGUUGGUACAAUUGGCCUGCAUGAUCUGCGGGAGAAUGUCGUCAUGGUACCGCAAGAUCCGACCUUAUUCACGGGCACUAUCCGAAGCAAUCUUGAUCCUUUCUCAAUCUUUACUGACGAGGAGAUUUACACUGCACUACGCGAAGUCAACCUUAUCUCAACGCUAUCACGUCCGGCAUCUGGCACUGUGACACCUACCGGAGCCGCCUCCCCACCCCGCGCUGUCCAAAUCCCUGUCCCUACAUCAGGCGCCGUGACUGCAGAUGUCAAUGCCAGCUACUCAGCCGCUACUACCAAUCCCGGAUCCAUUCUCGCAAACCGCGACUGGGAGCGUGGCGAGACACAGGAAGACACCGUCUUAGUGAUGCCCGACGGGCGUCCCGCAGACCAGGACGAUGUUGCGGCACAAGCUGCGAUGGAGGCCGAGAACAAGAACCCUUUCAAGAACCUGAACUCCCCAGUAUCAGAGUCCGGUUCCAACCUGUCGCAAGGUCAAAGGCAACUGCUUUGUCUUGCUCGAGCGCUACUCAAGGCACCCAAGGUGCUGCUGAUGGACGAAGCCACGGCUUCUAUCGAUUACGCAACCGAUGCAAAGAUUCAGGAGACCAUCCGUCAGAUCAAGAACACUACUAUCACUAUCGCUCAUCGUCUCCAAACGAUCAUCGACUACGACAAGGUACUUGUUUUGGAUAAGGGUGAGGUCAUCGAAUAUGGUCAUCCAUAUGAUCUUGUUCGGAAACAAGACGGUUCCUUCCGGUCCAUGUGCGAAACAAGCGGAGAACUAGAGACCUUGACCAGUACCGCGAAGACGGCUUACGAAGCGAAGUCUAAAACAGCUGCCGAAUAG